CCGCUAUAUCAUCUAUAGCCCCUUAAGGGAGUACUUGUAGAGGUACCGAGGGUUAACACCUACGGCGUAUUUAAUAUUAUUUAUAUUUGCUACUUCUCGUUGUCGGCCUCGUCAUGGUGUUCUAUCAUAAAAGUCUGUCGAACGCUUACGCUCUCCGUAUCACCGGCAUCAUCGGCACCAUCGGCACCAUCGGUAUCAUAGGCACGCAAACCUUGUUGGAUAUGAUCAAAUUGGGCUAUCACAUGAUCCCAUAUUGGACAGUGAAGAACAUCGAGUUCGUCGUCGGCUCCGUGUGGUCCUUCUUAAAGACGCCCGAGGGGCAAGUGGUGGCGCUUCUGUAUGGGUUGACGUGGAGUCUCGUAAUCUUCUUCAUUGUGACGUUGUUUGUGGUGUUGAUGGUGGUUGGCUUGGUAUGGUUCUACCGUCACUAUUUCCCCAAGCAAGACCGGCAGACCCAGGACCUCAAGGGAUCUGAGGCGGACGACUCCGUGGCCUAACCGUUGAACUCCAAGUACGUGCUGCUUUCUGGUUUCUGCGGUCGGUGUUGGGUGGCCGGCACAUGCAUGCACAGCGUUGGAAAAAAGGGCAUCUUUGGGAAUAAGGGGGGAGUGAGCGGGGAGCGGGGUCGGUACUGCUAUUUGACUGUUAUUUGGUGGACGGUUGAAAGGAUGUCACGCUCGACGGCGGCAUUGCUGUACCAGGUAAUGAUUGUCUGAAUAAAACUAGUAUUGCCAGUACAUCUGAUUGAAGUUAGCAAUGCGACUGUAUCAUAGAUGAUC